CGUGCACUGUUCCUAACGGAUGCAAACGAACCCAAUCUUUUCAUGACAAAGUUGCAUCGACCCGAAGAUCGGGAGGCGGCUCGGGGUUACUGGAUUCAGUUGUGUCACGACGCGGAUCUUCUCGGUUUCAAUAUGGACGAUGAAUGGUUGACCGGAGGUAUUGCGCGUCUUCUGGCCAUCAUUUAUCAUUUGGGCUGUGCCGGUUGUGUGGAAGAUGGCUUUAUAAAUGGAUCUCAAGUGGAAGAAGAGGAUCUAGAAGAUGAUGACGACGGGAACACGACUACACGAGGUUUUAUGUAUAUGGAGCCGGCACACCGCGCUGCGUAUCUGUUAAACUGCUCAGUUGAACAACUCUCUAUGGCUGUUUUCGGCUCUCCGGAUCGAGGGGACUGUGAGCUGUCCGCGCUGGAUUGUCUGCGAGGUUUUGUACAAGGUCUCUAUCAGACAGUGGUGGACACACUUGUGAUGAUUUUCAAUCGUUGUUUAUCAAGCCGCGGGAUCACGGGCUCCGGUAAUGUCCCAGUUGUAGCCCAAGUACUCCUUUUCGACCCGGCUGGCAUUCAGGCUCCAUUGGCUAAAACGCGCAAUUCAUCUGGAGCCACUUUUCCCGACUUACUUAUGAACUACGCAAAUGAUCGAAUUGGCAAAUUGUUUCAUGACACUACCUUGGGCUUGGAUGAAGCACGUAUGCAAGCAGAGUCGAACCGCGUUCCUUCGAGUCGGGACUUCAAACCUUUACCUCUGAGCUACACGGCCGACGGCGAUCACCUUGUGCCAAUGACCCAACCAAAUGGAAUGGGCUAA